UAACCACAGAAGUUUAGACCAACUGUUAGCAAGCAAGCGUGGAUUUGUGCAACGCAACUUUGUGUUGCCUUAUCAUGCACUGUGGGCUUCUGUUAAAUUUAACGAUUUUUUUUUCUUCCGUGGCACAUUGGUCCGAAAACACACUACUUUGCUACGUACUGUGCUAUUCCCAUAAGGCGCUUUGAUGCGAAAACACAUCCUCGCGGGGGUAGGAACGUGACCUCCUAGUUACAAGAAGUAUUUACUUCGCACUCUCACAUCGACGGCAAUGUCACGUUUUGAGCUGGAGCCCGUGGACGGCGGCAGUUCUAUACCACUGCCUCCUGGGGAAACCGUACUUGGAAGAGGUCCAUUUUUCGGGGUUAGCGAUAAAAGAGUCUCCAGGCAUCAUGGAUUAUUGGAAAAUCAGGGGGGGCAGCUGCGCAUCAAACCUACCCACCUGAAUCCCUGCUUCUGCCAGUCAUCCCUGGAGGACCGCCCGGAACCGCUGGAAAGAGACCAGUGGCACACGCUGCUGCCCGGGGACCUUUUCUCCCUCCUCCCUGGGAAAUACAUCUACAGGGUGGUGUCCAUCAGCACCGACAGCACUCAAAGAAAUAGUCAAUGUUUAGAAGAUGAAGAGCCACCCUCUACAUCCCCUAAACCACAUGAGGAGCCAGUGCACCCCCAGCCACCGAAUGGACAGAGUGACCUGACCCAAAGUGUCACCCGAAAAACGCAGCCGACAGGAUCAGCGCCAGCUUGCUCGGGUGAGAAGGAAGAGGGAGCCGAAACGCAGGCUCCUCACUCUCAGAAACAGCCCAGCGCGGGAUAUUCUGGAUCAGGAAGCGAGGACCGCCCCAAGCCGGAGCAAAGGAAAAGGGUGCUGCCUGCCUGGAUGAUGACCGCUGCUCCAGAUGUCAAGAGCCCCUCGACGUGUAAAGGUGGCAUGAGAAGAGGCAGGGAGAGGGCCAUGCCCACACAGGCCAAGCAGCCUCGCCCGAAACAGGUCAGGGGAAGGACGGUCUCCUCGGGAGAGGAAUCGGAGCAGGCCGAAGUGGAACGUACGCCCAGGAAAAGGGCAAAGAGGAUUCGGAGCGACGAAGGGGAGGAGACAAAACCCAAGCCCGUGAUUUCAUCAGCAGUGGAGGCCAGGCGACCAGCAAGGCCCAGCAGAGAUGAGACAGGGGAAGAGUCUGACGAUGUGCAAGAGGAGAAGGGGACAGUGAGCGGAGGGUCUGCUCUCAGGGCCAGUGCUCCCCGGAGGAGGCGGGGAGAGGAGCCCAAAGACAGUGGAGAGAAGGAGCGUCGCCCUCAGGGCAGAAUCGUUGAGGCAGGGGGUCAGGAAGUGAACUGUGCAGUGUCAGUGGGGCAGUCAACGGGCAGCUUGGGCCCCUCUCAGGCCAAGGCCCAUCCCAGAACCCCCUGUCCCUAUGGAAAGGACUGCUACAGGAAGAACCCAGUCCAUUUUCAGGAAUGCAGUCACCCCGGCGACAGUGAUUUUGAGGAAGGGGCGGGUAAGGAGGAGGAAGGGGAGGAUGAUGACAGACCGGAGUGUCCGUACGGCACCUCCUGCUACAGGAAGAACCCCCUGCACAAAAAAGAAUACAAACAUACCAAGGACCCAGCUAAAAGUGCUCCUUUGGAUGAUGACGAUGGGGAGAUUGAUGAUGAUGACAGCUUCAUAAACGACGACAGUGAGGACAUUGACGAGGAUUCUGAUUAUGUGCCUCCCGAGUCAGACGACAGUGCUACGGAGGAUAUUGAAAGGCUCAAGAAGGAAGCCAAGGCCUUUCUGAGGAGGAAAAAAUGA